AUGGAAACAAACACUUUGUAUUUCAGGUAUACGAGAAAUCUUGUGGACAAUGGAAAUGGAAAGUUCAACUUGAUGAUCUUGUGCUGGGGUGAAGGGCAUGGCAGCAGCAUCCAUGAUCACACUGACUCUCACUGCUUCAUGAAGAUCCUACAGGGAAAUCUAAAGGAGACUCUGUUUGAAUGGCCUGAGAAAAAAGGGAAUGGUGAAAUGACUAAGAAAUCAGAACGAGUUUUGAGAGAAAAUCAAUGUGCCUACAUUAAUGACUCCAUUGGCCUGCACCGUGUGGAGAACAUAAGCCACACAGAGUCUGCUGUUAGCCUGCAUUUGUACAGCCCACCCUUUGACAGCUGUAACACCUUUGAUCAGAGGACUGGACACAAGCACAAAGUCAAGAUGACCUUCUACAGCCAGUUUGGAGAAAGGACUCUCUGCGCAACAGCAGUGCCGCAGGAGAACAACUGAGAAGCACCAGCACGCAUUUGCAUAAGACCUGCUGAAUGUUUAACCAGGGACAGAAGACUUGCAUGGCUAAGGCCGACAGCCAGCUGUAUUUCUAUACCUUGUACAUAGAAGUACACUAGGGCACCUUCCAGGCCACCCUCAGUUCCCCCGAGCAAAUGCCGAUUAUGGGACACUAAGCUAGUGCCAUAAACUACUUCAGAGGUUAGAUGCCUUUUCUUAGGCUCCUGUCAGAAUUAAGUAGUUUGUUUUCUGAUUCUGGCCUCCUUUUAAUUCCACUUCUGAUAUCACACUGAGAAUAUCAGAAAUAGGGUUUUUAAACAUCAUCUGACACUACUUAACAGGCCUAUGUGUAUGUAUGCUCUCAAUGUAAUUAAUAACUAUAUGAACUUCUAAGCUUCCAGUCAUUUGUACCUAUGGGUAGUACACUAGAUACAACUAACAGCAGCUCUUUUUUUUUUUUUUAUUAAGUCUUUUAGGUUUUAACGCUCUAGGCCAUUUUGAUAAUUUUGUGCAUUUUUUACUUUUUAUUUUUUACAAUUUCAUUUGUCAGAUGAUUGUUUUAAAUAGGAGCAGCGAAAUGCUUCAUGCACAAUGAUCUUCAAAACUGAUUGGGCAGAGAUUUGGGUUUAGAAUAAGACUAAUCAUACUUAAUUCAGCUAAUGUCCAGUUUCCAAAGUAUUCUGUGUAGCUACUGAAGAAGGUAACUGAAAUAAAACUGGAUUU